AUGCAUUUAACAAGAUUAUUAUUCGAAUUAGUUAUGUGGAUCAUUUAUUUGAUAUUAUGGAAUUUAAAUAUGAUCAAAUGUAAUCAAGGAAUAGGAAUGAAAAAAUUACGCUUACAAAGUUUAGAUAUUGAAUUUUGUCUACCCAUAGGUGAUUCAUUCUGUACUGAACUUGUCCCCAAUAGUUUCUGUUCAACUGAAAAAAAUGAAUGUUUCUGUAAAUAUGGUCAUUAUUCAAUUCAAGAAGAUGAUGGUAUCAUUUGUAAAACAUUACUAACAAAUGAUAAAUGUCAAUUGGAUAGUGAUUGUAUAUAUGUGAAAAAUAGUAUAUGUCAUCCUGGUGCUGGAGCAUGUAUUUGUCCAUCUGGAACUAUUUAUAUACCGGAAGAACAAGCAUGUAGAUUUCAAAUCAAAACAUUUACAAAUGAUUACUGCGAUAAAUGUCAACGUUUUCAUGGAUUAUGCUACAGAAAUGAAGAAGACCAGGGAAUAAUUCAAAAAUUUGCAUUAGCAUACAGUCAAUUCAAUGAAAGAAUUCCUUAUAGAUGUAAAUGCCCAUACAAUGCAGUUUCCAUUAAUACUAACCUCCUCUGGAAUAGAUCAUAUAUCAAUCAAUCUCAAAAAUUAGUAUCAAUUAAUGAUAUACAAAUAUUAGACUCUAUGAAUAAGAAAGAGAAUAUUGGCUUCUGUCGAGGUUUGCUAGUUGAUAUCGGUAUGUUCUGUAACCAAAUCGAUAUGUUAUGUCGAUCAUCAAACGCCUUUUGUUCAAAUGGGAAGAUAAUCAAUAAUGUGUAUUUAUCACCUCAAUGUGUUUGUCAAAAUGGAUAUUUACCAGUUUAUCAAGAUUAUUUAGAUUAUUAUGAAUGUAUUCCAGUCUGUAAUAGAUGUUACUCAAUAGAGCAAUAUCCUCGUCAAAAACAUUGUGUAUGCUCCGAAAUAGUCCAACAAAAUAGAAUUCGCAAGGUCUAUGAAAUCAGCAAGAACAUCCAAGACAAUAUAUUCAAUUUUUCUAGAACACAACAAAACUUCACAAUCUGUUUUCAUCCUUUUAUGGUAGACCAUCAAUCUUCUAUUUUUAUGAGAAACACUAAUAUAACACAUUUCAUUGUGUUUAUAUCAAAUCAAUUCAAUUCAUUAUAUCCAUAUGAUGCUUGUCUAUUAAGUAUGUUUAAAGAAGGAAUAUGGUGUAAAACAUUGAAUGUUUCUAAGAAUGAUGAUAUAUUGACAAGAUGUGCAUCGAUUCAAUUUGAUCAUAAAAAGAAAGAAUUGACUUUUAAGACUUAUAUCAUUGUAUUAUAUCAAUCCGUAUUUGAUUAUAUAAUUAAAGAUAUACAAUAUUUCAUUUCAUUCACAUCAUAUUGGAAUGGAGAAAAUAUUACUUUAGACUCAAAAGAAAUCAAAAUGAUUAAUAGAAACUACACUAGAAGGAAUCAUUCAGAAACUUUAGAUAAGCUUCAUCAGAAUUUAAACUUUACAAUGAAAAAUAACUUGAAUACGGAAUAUCCACAAACUGUUAUCAAUGCAAGAGAAUCUGUACAUUUACACGUAGAGUAUUAUUUUCAAAAUAAUUCGUAUACAUAUAUUAGUAUUGAACAAUGUUCAAUAAGUCAAACAUCACCGUUUGUAAAAUCAGAUGAAAUUAUAUUUGUACGUAAAAAUUGUCUAAUAUAUUCACCUGAAAGUAUCAACGAAAUUAAAUUCCAUUCAAAUGAUUUAUCAACAUAUGGAAACUUUACCAUUCCACUGAAUAAAUAUACUUCAGUCAGCAGUAUGAAGUCAUUGACAGAAGCCGAUUCAUCUCAAUUGAAUUCUGAUCUAAUGGGAAAUGAUUCAAACAAAAAUUUUACAGUCACAUCAGAACUACAUAUAAAUUGUGUAUUUCGUGUUUGCCAACAUAUCAGAUGGUGUGUAUGGCCUUCUUAUUGUAAUGGUCAUAUGAGAUCGUUAGAUCAUGAUCUGAAUCAAUCAGAUUUAUCGUGGAGCUAUACGUAUCCAUCGAUAUUAACGUUAACGAAAUCAUUGAAAAUUAAAAUUCCCAACUCUAAUUCAAUAUCUCCUUCAUUAUAUUCUUCUUCUCAUUCUCCUGCAUUUAAACAGAAUAAAAGUAUAAAUUCUAUUUGUGAACCUAAUAAUAUUUUUAUCAAAUUCUCUACACAUUUUAUGAUUUUCAUCAUCUGUAUAGUAAUUGGGAUCAUUUUUACAAUGUUCUACUAUCAUUAUAAUUCUUUGACAUGUCAAACUCCCAAUAAUCAGUUUUGCCGAACAUUCCACCCAUCUAAUCAUAAAAAAUGUACUAAUAAUCAAUGUGUUACAUAUAAUUUAUGUAGUAAUCCUUUAAAUACUAAAGUUUUACAAUCCCCUGUUGAUAAAGCUGAUACCAGUGAUCAUUCUUUGAAUAGUAUACUUCAAGAAAACUUUCACCAACUUCAUCAAUAUUCUUCAUUGAAAUAUCUUGAAUCAAAUUGUUCAAUGAUAACUCAACAUGAUCUAAUUCAUCAUAAAAAGGAUUAUCCAGAUCAUGAUCAAUUUGAUUUGAAUAAAAACUAUAAACUCAGAUUAUCUUCAUCAACCGAUUUACAACAGCAACAACAACAGUGGCAACAACAAAAAAGCACUUUAGUUCCUUAUUGUUUACAUAAUCAAACUUUAUAUUUUCUUCAAUCAGAUUGGAAUAAUAUUGAUAAGCAAGAAAAUUCUUUUAAAUCUAUAAAUACUACUGAUUAUACUUAUUUUAAUAAUCAUUUUUAUGAUUUAUCAAAUAGUGUCAAAGUUAAGACGGAUUUAUGUAAUCAUAAUUAUGAUGAACAAGAAUUCAAUGUUUAA